AUGGUUGGAAGCGAGGCCCAAAACGGGUCCCAAUAUGCUACUCCAGUAGAGAAAUCUGCUGGCGAUGAUGAACAACAUAACUCGAGAGAUGUGGAUAGGAUCGAGACACCAGCUCUGAGCUCUCAGGACAAGCAAGUCGACGAGCAGGAAGAAAGAUAUCCUCCAUUUACGACUGUUCUACUCAUCAUGGUAUCGCUUUACUUGGCAAUGUUCCUUGUUGCUCUAGACCUCACAAUAAUUGCAACUGCAAUACCUAGUAUCAGCGACGAAUUUCACACCCUCGAUGACAUUGGCUGGUACGGAAGCGCCUAUCUCCUGACACUUUGUUGCUUCCAACUAUUGUUCGGACGCAUCUAUACCUUCUACUCGCCCAAACUCGUCUUUUUAACAGCAGUCUUUCUCUUCGAGAUUGGCUCGGCCAUAUGUGGUGCAGCUCCCAACUCGACGGCAUUUAUCUUUGGUCGCGCUGUUGCUGGAGUCGGCUCCGCUGGCAUAACAGGAGGCGCGGUUGUUAUUUUGAUGCAUACAACGCCUAUCGAGAAGAGACCUAUGUAUAUGGGCAACAUCGGGGCAGUAUAUGGGCUCGCCUCAGUUGCUGGACCAUUGCUUGGCGGGGUAUUCACCACGAAAGUUUCCUGGCGGUGGUGCUUCUAUAUCAACCUACCCUUUGGUGGUCUGACACUUGCAAUCAUAUUUCUGGCAUUAAAGCUAGAGAGAUCGCAGGAUGCUCCAACCACGAUCAAGCAGCAAGUUCACCGUCUUGAUCCGCUGGGUACUCUGUGCUUCUUCCCAGGGACCAUCUGCUUACUGCUGGCUCUGCAGUGGGGUGGAUCGACCUAUUCCUGGCAAAGUGCUAGGAUCAUUGCGCUCCUAGUCAUCUUCGGAUUAUGCAUGGCCGCUUUCAUCAUCAUCCAGGUCUGGAAGGGGGAGACAGCUACCGUUCCCCCUCGGAUUUUCUUGCAGCGCAGUAUCCUCUCUGGUAUCUUCUUUUCAUUUCUGGCAGGGUCAGCACUGAUGAUCAUGAUCUACUACUUGCCGAUAUGGUUCCAGGCUAUAAAGGGUGCGAGUGCAGUCAAGUCAGGGAUCAUGACCUUGCCAAUCAUCCUAACCUUGGUCAUUGCUAACAUCAUCGGCGGCCUUGUUGUCACCCGAAUCGGCUACUACACGCCAUUCAUGAUAGCUAGCUCCGUAUUCAUGUCCAUCGGCAGCGGUCUGAUUUCCACUUUCAUACCCACGACAACCCACUCCAAAUGGAUCGCUUUUCAAUUCCUCUUCGGUCUCGGCACAGGGCUCGGCAUGCAACAGUCGGGGGUGGCGGCUCAAACCGUUCUGACCAAAAAGGACGUCCCAACAGGCGCUUCCCUCAUCUUCUUCUUUCGUAAUCUUGGCGGCGCGCUGUUCAUUUCCAUCAGUCAGAAUGUUUUGCAGAAUGAGUUGAUUAACGGCUUGCAACACAUUCCAGGACUGAAUACGCAAGUCAUCUUACGUGCGGGCGCGACAGGAUUGAGAAGCGUCGUCGAGCCACGGUUUCUCCAAGAGGUUCUAAUAGCAUACAACGGCGCCCUAGUCAAGGUGUUUUACUGCGCUGUGGCUGUGUCAUGUGCCAGUAUCAUUGGAGCCUUGACGAUGGAGUGGAGGAGCGUAAAGAAGGCGAGAGAGCAACAGAGGAUGGCCAUGGCGAAGGAGAAGGAGAAGAAAGUAGACGCAGCUAUGCAAGGCUGA